AUGCUGUCUCAAAUGGAACACGCCCUGGAAACUAUGAUGUUUAUGUUUCACAAAUUUGCCAGGGAUAAAGGCUGCUUAACAAAGGAGGACCUGAGACUAUUCAUGGAGGAGUUACCUGGAUUUUUGGAAAAUCAAAGAGAUCCUCUGGCCGUGGACAAAAUAAUGAAGAAUCUGGACCAGUGUCGAGAUGGCAAAGUGGGCUACCGGGGCUUCUUGUCGCUAAUUGCUGGGCUUGGCAUCGCAUGCAAUGACUGUUUUGUAGUACACAUGAAAGAGAAGGGAAAGAAGUAGGCAGAAUU